CCCACACCGCUCACCAGUCACCACUCACUUCUCUAGUUUGCUUCGCCUUCGGCGACCACUCCCCUGUCCCCACGUCGCGUUGCUCCGUCGCGCUGCAUCACCGCCACCCAGUGUCCCAGUGCCGCCUCCGGUUCCCCGCUUCGGAGCCUCGAUGUCGGGAGCCUCCCGAUGCGCCGUCCUCGCCGUCCUCUUCCUCCUCGCGGUCUCCGGGGCUGCGGCGGCGGAGGGGUCGUCGUCGUGGCGGGGGGAGCAGGAACGGGACCGGGUGCCGCGCGUGCCGGGGCAAGGGUUCAACGCGAGCUUCGCGCACUACGCGGGCUACGUGACCGUCAGCGAGGAGCGCGGCGCCGCGCUCUUCUACUGGUUCUUCGAGGCCGCGCACGAACCCGCGUCCAAGCCCCUCGUGCUCUGGCUCAACGGAGGCCCUGGUUGCUCAUCAAUUGCUUUUGGACUUGGGGAAGAAGUGGGGCCUUUCCAUAUCAAUGCAGAUGGAAAGGGUGUACAUAUGAAUCCUUACUCUUGGAACCGAGUUGCAAAUAUCUUGUUCCUUGAUUCACCGGUUGGUGUCGGCUAUUCAUAUUCAAACACCUCUGGCGAUAUUUUAAGCAAUGGGGAUGAGAAGACUGCCAAGGAUUCAUUGGUGUUCCUGACAAAGUGGCUUGAACGAUUUCCUCAGUACAAGGGGCGUGAAUUUUAUUUAACUGGAGAGAGUUAUGCUGGUCACUAUGUUCCUCAGUUGGCUCAAGCCAUAAAGAGGCACCAUGAAGCCAGUGGAGACAAAUCGAUCAAUCUAAAGGGUUAUAUGGUAGGAAAUGCCCUGACUGAUGAUUUCCAUGACCACUAUGGAAUAUUUCAAUAUAUGUGGACCACCGGCUUGAUUUCUGAUAAUACAUACAAGCUACUGAACAUUUUCUGUGACUUUGAGUCCUUUAUACAUUCAUCUCCACAGUGUGAUAAGAUUCUUGACAUUGCCAGCACUGAAGCUGGGAACAUUGAUUCAUAUAGCAUCUUCACACCUACUUGUCAUUCUUCUUUUGCCUCCUCAAGGAACAAAGUGAUGAAAAGGCUACGGUCUGUUGGAAAAAUGGGAGAGCAGUAUGAUCCAUGCACUGAAAAACAUUCAAUUGUAUACUUCAAUUUGGCUGAGGUACAAAAGGCACUUCAUGUUAAUCCGGUCAUUGGCAAAUCUAAGUGGGAGACCUGCAGCGGUGUUAUUAACAAUAACUGGGGGGACAGCGAAAGAUCUGUACUGCAUAUAUAUCAUGAACUUAUACAAUAUGGGCUCCGUAUAUGGAUGUUCAGCGGAGACACAGAUGCAGUGAUUCCAGUAACAUCAACUAGAUACAGUAUCAAUGCUCUCAAGCUUCCAACAGUGGCUCCUUGGCAUGCUUGGUAUGACGAUGAUGGUGAGGUUGGUGGCUGGACCCAAGGCUACCAGGGUCUCACCUUCGUGACUGUGAGGGGCGCCGGUCAUGAGGUUCCACUCCAUCGGCCCAAACAGGCUCUUACUCUCAUAAAAUCAUUCUUGGCUGGGAGCCCAAUGCCUGUGCUGUCUGAUCUACACAGUGAUAUGUAAUAUGUCCGGCCACAAUUAGUUGAAGCUCCACGCAGAACUUGAACGAUAUAGGGAUGGUCAUGGCUGUUUCACUUGUCAGUGCUAUUGGCACCGAACCCCCUCUUGAGAAAACAGGGAACUUAACUGUGGAAUAGUCUUCCUGCCACGAAUUGACACUGCCUGUUAAAUUAAUGUGAAACCAAAGAUAAAUCUAAAUCGACUUUGAGCAUUCACAGUAUUGUCUUGUAUGCUAUAUAUAUUAAGUAGCAUACAGUAUUCCUUCCCUUUUCAGAAUAUGUGGUUGCUGAUAUCAAAUAUGAUGUCUAGACUCAGGUGGCAGUAA